UGCCCCGCGGGUAAAGAUGGCGACAGCUGAGCAGGGCAGCGGAUCAACUUUCUUGGAGCGGCUCUGAGCGGAUUUCCUUCCGCGGACGGAGCGUCUUAGCCGGCCUCAACCCGACCCACUGCCCGGAGCUCCAGCGCGGACUUCGGCGCUGCUGUCCGGCCUCGGAUCGGUCCGGAGCCCCCUCCCUUGGCUCUCCUGCUCCUCCGGAGGAGCGGAGCGGAGCUCGGACAAAGUUUCCUCUCCUCCCCGGGACCGAGCGGCGCGGACGGGGCCUCAGGUACUUUCAGGCAGCGUGAGGGUUGCACGCCGGCAGGAGGAGGAUCUGUGUGUGCUGACAUACGAGGCUGGAUCGUCCUGUGGAUGACCUCCUCUCAGGACUCGCUCAUCCUUCAGGACUGACAGACCGACACGAAGUUACGCAGGAAGGAAGCACGACCUAGGAUGGCGAGUGCGGCGCCGGCCAGGAAGCCGUACCGUAAGGCUCCACCGCAGCACCGCGAGUCACGCCACGCCCUGCCCACUGCUCCGCCGCCACCUGCACCGCAGCCCGACAUCAAUCAGGUAAUCAAACACACUUUAAAGACACCUCCACACCCCCCGCAGCACCUUGCCCGUCAGCGGCUGUCUGGCGAUGGGAUGAGGCCUGGCGUCCCAACCCCGCCGCCGCCACUCUCAGACAGCGAGCUGGAGGUUUCCAGCCUUUCCAGCCUGGAGCUCUGCACCCCGCCGCCGCUCUUCAGAGGACAUAUCCACCAACCCAGCUCAGCGAGAACCGCGGUGGCGGGCAUGACUGCAUCCGGUCACGAUGCCAGGAUUCCUCACGGAAAGCCGCGACCUCAGCGCGGCACGAGUCCUCGCAAUGUCAAGACCUCCAUUAACACAGGAAACCAGGCUUUCCUGGGACAUGGAAGCUCCGCCCCAGCCCCGAAACAGGCAGUGAGCUGCAACCCUCGAGGAAGACAUCACAUUUACUGCACGAACGCCGCUGGCCGGACGCGGACCGCCAGCGCUCCUCGGAGCAUCCUGAAGCAGCCGACUUCACUGGGUGUGGAGCCCGUUGACAUUAUCAGGAAGUCAAAGUCGGUGGAGAUGCUAGAUGACGGCAGAGGGCGGAGCAGCGCCAGCCGGUGCCCUCCGACCCCUUCUCUGGACCGGGUGGAGCAGCAGGGGCUGACCUGGCGGCGGUCCUCGUCCCUGCCCUCCCCCGUCAGGACUGACUGGAACUGGAGGAUGCAGGCGCUGCAGGAGAAGGUCCGCUUCUCUAACUUCUUGGAUGAGAUCACCUGUCGGGUCCUUAGCCCCGCCCGCCUAACACUGCUCGGCAGGUCGGCUUCUAAAGAGUAUAUAAGCCCCGCCUCCCAGCGCCGCCACCCCGCCUACAGAAACCAGCAGGUGGAGGGGUCUUCUGCAGACCGGACUCGACGCUGGGACAACUGGGUGGCAGCGCUGCAGCGGCCCGGAGGCACGCAAGAGGAGGGGGCGGUGCGGGAGACGGCGAAGCAGCAGCAAGGGUAUGGAGAGUGGGCGGGGACUAAACGGCAGGUGAAAAGAGGAGUUAAGGUGGACAAACGUCCUCUCUCUAAUCUGUCACUGCUGUCACACAUCAAGGAGGCGUUGUCGGACUCGGACAGGAUCAGAAUCCUUCAGCAGCAGAAUGAGGACCUGCGGCGCCGCCUCUCUCUCACCACCCACAAGAUGGAGGCCAUGGAGGCGGAGUUUGACAGCAGCCGCCACUACAUGGAGGCGGAGCUUAGCCGGACUCGAGACGACCUGGACAAGAUGAGAGACAAGUUCCGCAGACUCCAGAACAGUUACACAGCGUCUCAGAGAGCCAAUCAGGAUCUGGAGGAGAAACUUCACGCUCUGGCUGCUGUCAGUCAGACAUGGGUUCAUGCACUGCGGAAGGUGGAGAGGGACAAGAAGACGAUGGACCAGGAGAUCGUGCAGCUCACCAACAAACUGCUGGAGGCUAAAAACACCAUCGACCAUCUGGAGGAGCUCAACGAGCGUUACAGGCAGGACUGUAAUUUGGCCGUUCAGCUGCUCAAGUGCAACAAGUCGCACUUCAGGAACCACAAAUUUGCUGAUCUGCCCUCAGAGCUUCAGGACAUGCUGAACAAACACAUGAAGAGCAGUCUCCCGGAGCGAGGCCCCGCCCCUGGCUCUCAGGACCCAGACACGCUCAGUUUGACGCCCGCCGACGUCGUGCCGACCUCGGUCAUCGCCCGUGUCCUGGAGAAACCCGAGCCGCUGGUCCUGAACUCUGCCCAGUCCAGCAGCUGCGGCCGGCCCGUCGCCGAAGACGUCUUCGUGCACGUGGACAUGACGGGCCCCGGGGGGUCCGAGGGGCGAGGCCGGGAGAACGGCGCCGGUCAGGAGGCGUCGCAGCAGAACGGCUCGUGUCGCAGUCAGAGCAGCUUGGAUGAAGAGGCGGGUGGAGCUCCAUCUUUCGAGAAGCUGAACCCGUACCCGGCGCCACCUCCACCCCACCCCCUCUACCCUGGGCGCAAGGUCAUCGAGUUCUCGUCGGACGACAAAGUGAAGAUCCCGAAAAACUCGCCGCUGCCCAACUGCACAUACGCCACGAGGCAGGCCAUCUCGCUGAGCCUCGUGCAGAAUGACGACGAGCGGUUGGCCCCUGGCAGCCCCGCCCCCUCCUCCUCCUCUGGAGCCCAACAGCGCACGCCACCAUCACAGAGAGACGCCCCCAGCGAGCCGCUGUCCAGCCAGUCCAGCCCGUUCAGCAGCCCGCCUCAGGCACCCAGCGUCCUUGCGAGCUCUGGCAGCUCUGAGGAAGACCUGCUCGCCAACUGGCAGCGGAUGUUCGUGGAGAAGAUGGCGCCGUCCAGCGACGGCACGCUGCUGCACCGCACGUCCUUCAGUAGCCAGACGGCUCAGGAGCUGCAGAGGAGGAGGCAGGUGGCGGUGGGAGUGGCCUCCUCCUCAGACCGGCACAGGGCGGCGUACUCUGACGGCGAGGAGGGCUCGUCGGCACGCAGCUGGACACCGAGCCGCGGCUCCAGCCUCGACACCGACACCGACACCGAGCAGCGGGUGGGGAGGCGGGGCUGUUACGGCGGCAGGGACUGUUCGGAGGAGGAGGGAGAGCAGCUGCUGAUGAACCUGGAUGAUGACGGCGGGAGCGGGGACACUGCAGUCACCGUGGUGACCAGCCCCGGCGACGCCCACAGGAAGCUGGAGGAGGAGGGCGAGAGCUCAGGGGAGGAGAGAGACAUCCUGCCCCACGAACUGCCCGUCAUCUCAACCCGUCUGAUGGACUUGGACCCCGCCCUCGGCGCCAUCGCGCUGCAUCGGCCCCAGAAGAGCCCGAAGAGGAUGGGCGUGCACCACCUGCACCGGAAAGACAGCCUGACCCGCGCCCAGGAGCAAGGCACGCUGCUGGACUGAUGCUCGCUCGCACUGUGCUCCGCUGACCUGACGCCGAGGUCAGAGGUCACACCCAUCCAGGAUAUAGCCAUACUCUACCGUAUGCCGAGCUUGCCGCCCGACCCGGGUGUGCGCGUGAGACACGAAUCACUGUCCACAUACUUUUGGUCUGAUGACGUGUCGAGAGUGGUGAUGAUGUAGCAGAGAGGAGACAGAAGUAUGUGGACACGUCAAUCGUAACGCUCGGCAAACCGUGUGUGCGUGCGCGUGUGCCGGCGUCACUAACUGCGUCCACACAAAUCUGUGAUUUCUGUUUUCGUACCCGAAUCCGUGCGUGCGGUCAGAGAACGCCGCAGCGUCCACGUCACAUGUUCAGCACUCAGCCUGACGGUCACUUUGUUUGUUUACGUUUGAACCGUGGUCGCUCCCGUGGAAACACUGUGGAAAGCUCCGCCUCUUCUGGCCUCCUCGGACACUAUUAUUCAAGUUUCUUUUUCUUCGCCUCAGACACGUAAGCGUGUGUCCUUGGAUAGAGAAAUGGGGGCGGGGCCAUAUGUGGAUAGUAUGCUAAUUAUAUUGCAAUUGCGCAGGGCUGGUUAACGGAAUCCAGCUGUAAUAUGGCGCCGUUUAAGAACGUUUCCGUGCAAAUAUUGGUGAAUGAGGCCAAUAGAGUUCUGAUCAGCUGAUUAUCAAUCAAUCAUCAGAUAAUGUCCAUCCGUGUGUGGACAGCCUAAACUGAAGUUUGACGUUUCUGCGAAUUUGGAAAAGAAAUACUUUUGACUGUUUGGU